AUGGGGUCUGCAUCAGUGACUCUGAAGCAAAAGAAACGAGUGAAACACACAAAGAACAAGUACUUGAAGCCUGGUGCACUGGCUCAGAUUCGUUAUAGUAGGAGCACAAGCAGGGAUAUAGGGAAGAAGCGGAUUCUGUUAAAUGGGGAGAAGGAUGAGCUGGAGAUAUCACCACAGGCUGAGGUUGUCUUUGAAAGCACUACACCAAUUAUGUCCCCAAUAAGGCUCAAUUUUGAGCCAUUUAGUGGCAUUAAGGGACUAUUUUUGCCAAGAACUCCAAAGACUCCUCAAGCAGCUGAAUGUGAUGACCAUUCAAGACUUGAAUCACUUCCACUUGAUCUGUUGAUCAAGAUUGUGUGUUAUUUGCACCAUGACCAGCUGAAGGCUGUUUUCCAUGUUUCAACAAGGAUCCGAAAGGCAGUUGAACUGGCAAGGCAGUACCAUUUCAACUACACUACUCCAGAUCGCAGCAGGCAGGAACUGCUCCAGAACAAGACCCCUCUCCCAACUGAGCAUUGGCCUUUCGUGAGUAGAAUAGAUGGCAAGGAUGUGAGGGUCGCCACCCCGAGAACCCCGAAGGCUCCAAGACAUGGUCCUCGGCAUUCACGCUUCAAGCUGCUUGAUGUGAAGCCAAUCACAGCUGUUCUUUUCCCGGAUUCAUUGCCUUCAAAGCGUCUGCGCCGUUUGAUGCCACCGGGAUUGCCAAGGCCUGUACCAAAAGUCGCAGCCUCUCCUAGAGUUCUACUAUAUGAGGAAGAGCUUUGCGAAGCGGUGGCACAGAAUAAGCUUCUCUGA